AUGUCCGCCACAGAAGAGCCAAAGGCAUCCGCCUCAGGGUCAUCUUCACCUGCCACCGGUGCUAAGGUGACAGCCACCUUCCAGAUCGGAGGCAUGACCUGCGGCGCAUGCGUCGAGACUAUCGAGCGGAUCAUUCGGUCGCAACCAGGUAUCGAAUCAAUAUCAGUUGCUCUCCUCGCUGAGAAGGCCAUCGUCACCUUUGACGACUCAAUAUGGUCACCAGAAAAGGUAGUCGAAGAGAUCGAGGACACCGGCUUCGAUGCUACCUUGCUCGACAUCAUCAAGACAGAACCACCUAACGACGGCCUCAUCUCCAAACAAGCUUCCGCACACGCUACUUCAUCUAGUCCGCAACUCGACACGGUCCAACUCAGCGUAUAUGGCAUGACCUGCGCCUCGUGCUCCUCCACCAUCGAGCGAGAGGUCGCCAAGAUCGAUGGCGUCAAGUCAAUAGCUGUCUCACUCUCUACCGAAAAAGCCCGAAUCGACUACGACUCAUCCAAACUCGGCAUUCGCGAGCUCGUGGAGCAUAUCGAGCACCUUGGCUUCGACGCAGUGCUCACCGACAAUCGCAACUCGACACAGCUUGCAUCUCUUGGCAGAAUCAAGGAGAUUGCAGAAUGGCGUUCCGCAUUCCUCUUCUCCCUAUCGAUGGCAGUGCCCCUCUUCCUCUUGUCGAUGGUGUUGCCCAAAUUCGCAUUCACCCGUAGCAUACUCAUGUUCCAGCCGCUGCCUGGACUCUACCUUCAAGAUCUUGCAUGCCUGGCGCUUACUCUUCCCGUCCAGUUCGGCAUCGGUCUCCGUUUCUACCGCACAUCCUGGAAAGCGAUCAAACACGGAAGCGCCACCAUGGACGUUCUCAUAGUCAUCGGCACUACCGCUUCAUGGUCGUUCAGCGUCUUUUCCAUGAUCGCAAGACUCUUCUGCGUCGACGAACCAGUAGACCCAGCAUCCAAGACCGCCAUCGUGGUACCAGGUCAGUGCACUAAGCCAGCCACCUUCUUCGAGACGACUACGAUGCUGUUCACCUUUGUCUCCUUUGGACGCUUCCUCGAGAACACUGCAAAGGGCAAGACGAGUGAAGCACUUUCACGUUUGAUUGGCUUGACACCAUCCUCAGCGACGAUCUACACGGAUGGCGCAGAAGGCAAGUCCGAGAAGAAGGUCGCUUCUGAGCUUGUCCAGCGUGGUGAUUACGUCAAAGUGGUACCGGGUGAAAGGAUCGUUGCUGAUGGAGUUAUCGUCCGCGGUGAGUCGACUGUGGACGAGUCCAUGGUGACAGGAGAGGCUAUCCCCGUUCACAAGCUCACCGGCAGCAGCGUCAUCGGCGGCACCGUCAAUGGUACAGGCACUUUCGACUUUCUCGUUCAACAUGCCGGCAAAGACACCAGUCUGGCACAGAUCGUCAAGCUGGUCGACGAGGCGCAAACAUCCAAAGCUCCCAUUCAGGCCUUUGCUGAUCGCGUGGCAGGCUACUUUGUGCCCACUGUUGUUGGUCUCGGCGCUUUGACAUUCAUUGCUUGGAUGGUCAUCUCCCACCUGCUGUCCGGACACAUGCUUCCGUCCAUCUUCAACCAGCAAGGUGUCACCAAGUUCAUGGUCUGCUUGAAGCUCUGCAUCAGUGUCAUUGUCGUCGCAUGUCCAUGUGCACUUGGUCUUUCAACGCCUACAGCAGUCAUGGUCGGCACCGGAGUCGGUGCUCAGAACGGCAUUCUGAUCAAGGGCGGUGGACCGCUCGAAGCUUCAACUACGAUCAAGCGCAUGCUUUUCGACAAGACCGGCACAUUGACACAAGGCAAGCUCACGUUGCGUCAGGCAAUCUGGCCGGACAAGAAGCAAAGUGGGCUCGAUCUCAUUGCUGUAGGUGGUCUUUCACGCCGCCAAGUGAUACGCAUCAUUGGAGCUGCUGAAGCUCGUUCUGAACAUCCGCUUGCGCGUGCAAUCGCGCUGUGGGCAACACGCCAACUUCAAGACAGCUCGAGCCCUGCGCCGGCAGUGGGAUUUGCCGAGAAGCAGGACAUCACCAUUGCAGGAACUACCAUCGAAGACUUCCAGAGCUUCACCGGUAAAGGCAUCGUGUGCCGUGUACAGCUGGACGAGACCAUGACGGUGCACGAGGUUCGUAUUGGCACAUCUGACUUUGUCGCCAACUCGGAGAAGCACGAGCUGGACAACAGCGCUUUUGGCACGCAGGCAUCGCAGUUGCUCGCUGAUCAGCAGUCUCAAGGACGAACAGCGGUGCUGGCGAGCGUCGAUGGAUCUCUUGCCGCUGUGCUCAGUCUGAGCGAUACUCUCAAGCCUGAAGCGAAACGCACUCUUGCUGCGCUGCGUCAAAUGGGUAUCCAAUGUGGCAUGGUGACAGGUGAUGCUACAGCCACAGCGCGUGCCUUGGCCCGCGAACUUGGCAUGGACCAAGACAACGAGGUCUAUGCAGAAAUGAGUCCCAUCGACAAGCAAGAGCUCAUCCUGCAACUUCGACGAGCCACCGCUGCAGCGGAUCUCGAGAGCGGCGGCAGAUUCUCUCCCUUCCGUGCCAAUGGUCAAUCCAAAUCCGGCGGCAUUGCUAUGGUGGGUGACGGUAUCAACGAUUCGCCUGCCCUCGCAUCCGCCGAUCUCGGCAUCGCACUAGGCACAGGUUCAGACGUGGCCAUCGAAGCAGCAUCCAUCGUUCUCAUGCGAUCUAAUCUCAUCGAUGUUGCCGCCUCCAUCCAUCUCUCUCGCCGCAUCUUUGGUCAGAUCAAACUCAACUUUAUCUGGGCUACCAUCUACAAUCUGAUCGGCAUCCCGCUGGCGAUGGGCAUCUUUUUGCCUUGGGGGUUGAGUUUGCAUCCCAUGAUGGCCGGUGCUGCGAUGGCGUUUUCGAGUGUCAGUGUCGUGGCUAGCUCUCUGACGUUGAAAUGGUAUAAGCGACCGAAGGAGUUGAGUUCGGAGGGUAGGGAGGAGAUGUCGGAUCCCUUGCAGAUGCACGAGUUGUUGGAUAGGUCGGAUGCUGGAGCGUUUGAUAGGGUCCUGGCGAACUUGAAGGAUGUAGGUUAUCAGGUGCUGGCUAAGUUCGAGGCUGUGCUGAUGAGUUCCAGUCUGAGAUUGGGGAGCGGGAGCGGUGGUCGUGCAGUCCGGCGGCCAGGGCAGGGUGCGGGUUAUGAGCAGGUUGCUUCUGAGGAAGUCUGA